GACGAUUAUUUUAGGUGAAACGCAUGUUUAGACAGCAUGGCGGAUGAGCCUUCUCCGAAGAAAAAUAAACCAAAUAUACUCUUAAAUGAAGAGGGCGGGGAGAAAGUGAACUGGCGACAAUGGAAAGCACAAAAGAAAGAGGAAAAGAAAUUACGUAAAGAAACCAGAGUCAUCCGACAGCUGGAGAAACAAAAGCAGAAGGCAGAAGAUCAGCAGCAGAUUCAUCAGGAAGAAAAUGAAAGCAAAGGUCGGUCAUAUACAUUGAGCGUGGCUGUUCCUGGAUCAGUAAUGGACAACGCUCAAUCUCCAGAGUUGCGAACAUACCUGGCUGGUCAGAUCGCUCGGGCGUGUGCUGUAUUCUGUGUGGAUGAAGUGAUCAUAUUUGAUGAACAGGGAGAUAAUAUAACGAACACUGAGGGGGAGUUCAAAGGUGUUGGUAAGAAAGGUCAAGCCUGUGUUCAGCUGGCACGGAUCCUGCAAUACCUGGAGUGUCCACAGUACCUGCGGAAAUCAUUUUUCCCGGUGCAUAAAGAUCUGCAGUUUGCUGGUGUUUUGAAUCCACUGGACAGCCCCCACCACAUGCGCAUUGAUGAGGAGGCGGAGUUUCGAGAAGGGGUGGUGCUUGAUCGGCCAUGCAAAUCAGGGAAAGGGUCAUUGGUGAACUGUGGCAUGAGGAAGGACGUUCGGAUCGAUAAACAACUUCAGGCCGGACUGAGAGUAACUGUACAGCUCAACAAGAACCACAAUGAAGAUAGUAAAGUUCAUCAAGGUAGUGUUGUAGCUCCUCACGUGCCGAGAACAUUAAGAGGUCUGUACUGGGGUUACAGCGUUCGACUAGCGUCCUGUCUCAGUUCAGUGUUCACAGAGUGUCCAUAUAAAGAGGGUUAUGAUCUGACUGUCGGGACGUCAGAGAAAGGAAACAAUGCAGAUGAUAUCACUCUGUCUCCAUUCAAGCACAUGUUGGUGGUGUUCGGUGGUCUUCGGGGUUUAGAGGAGAGUGUUAAUUCUGAUGACAAUCUCAGUGUCACUGAUCCUAGCGUGCUCUUUGACCUUUACCUCAACACCUGCCCCGGACAGGGCAGUCGCACCAUUCGGACUGAGGAGGCUCUAUUAAUCUCAUUAUCAGAACUCCGACAGAAAAUCGCUGCUGUAUUUCCUAACAUGUAUGCAGGAUGAGCACAGAAACCGCUGCUGUCUUCAACAGGAAGUGGAUGUUUAAGCAUGGGCCAAUCAGAAACAGACCAGAAGACAAGACUCCGAGUGUGUGGUGAAAUGAAAACAUCUGUGGGACAAACUACCCUUUAUAAAUGUAAAAUGUUUGUGAAUAAUUUUUUAUCUUUUCUGAACUGCUAUGAAUAUUUCUGUCUAUGUUGUUUUGCAACAGUAAACAAAUGAUGAAACUC